AUGGUCUCACUCACUGAAGUUAAAGAAAACAAACCUACUCAUGAGGAAGUUGAUGCUGUUUUAACAGAUGCUAUUUACAAUGCCGAAAAUGCAGCAAAGUCGGCAGAAGACAAUUUAAAGGAGGCAGAGAAGUCUGCUGGUGAGAAUUCUACAGCACCAGAAGAGCAAGCCGAAGAAGUGACCAAUGAGGAUACAGAUAAUCUUGCAAAGGCUGCACAAGAGGCAGCCGAAGCUAUUUUAAAAGCAGAAAUCGAAGCCAAUGAUGCCGAUGCUGCUGCAUUAACCAAGGCAGAUGAAUCUGAUUCUGAGUCUGAUUCUGAUGAUGACGAUUUCGACGACGAUUUCGAUCCAGAUGAGACUCUUGCCGAAAGAAUUAGUGCCUUGAAAGAUAUUUUCCCACCACAACUUAGAUCAUCCGUCGUGUCAGGAGCUAAUGCUUUACAGUCUGGCUGUAAGGGCUUAGCCCAUAAGUUUGGUGUUUCUUUGUGGUACUUAACUACAACUGCUCUUCUUCUUGGUGCACCACUUGCUCUCAGUAUUUUGCAUGAAACACAAUUAUCUGAGCUUGAGAAGGAAAUGAACAUGCAGCAAUCCUCGUCUGAUAUCCUUACACCAGGGGCUUCUGACAAGCAGGAUGAGAAGAAGUAG